UACAGUAUCUAAAAUAUUGCGAUAUUUCCCUCAAUAGUUUAAUGUUGAUCGUCAUUACUGUGGUUUUAUGUGUGAGGAAUUGUCACGGAAAAUUAAUUAAUCGAUGCAUGAAAAGAUCCAGACAACUAUGGAGGGGUUUAGAAUGGCCCUGAUCUUUGCCAGGUGAUUUUAGUUAACACAAGGUAGUUCUAAAAACGAGGGCUGGCAACAGGACAAGAAUCCAAAGUCAUGUAAACCACAUUGUAGCUUUGUCAUUACUAACUAUGUAUCAAGUAGAUGUUAUGAGUAGAGUAACAUUUACAUUUAUAAUCAAUAAGUAAAUGGUAAGUUUUUUAAUAUACAUUACUGUCACCUAAAGCAGUUCUCCCCAGGUUAAACUGUAUUCCUUUUGAAUAAUAGUUGCUGGCAAAAUUAAUCCAGUUAACAUUUUUUUAGUUCUAAAUACAUUACCAUUUUAUAAUUAAAACCUGGACCCAACCAUGGGAUGUUACUUUAAAUUUGUUGACAAGCUUUGCAACAUGGCCUCAUCUUUUUGUAGCACAGAAGAAGCUAAGAAAGGGCAUUUGCUACAUUGUUGCGUGCGCUAUUGACAGUGUCAGAAUAUACAGUAUGAAGGUCUGGGUUGGAAGGUUUUGGGAAGUUAAAUGCAGGAAAUCUGAGGAGUCUGCAUAUAUGUGGAGAUUUAUUAUGAAAUCAGUUCAAUGUGUCUGUUUUCGGAAGGAUAUUAGUAAAAGAUACGCCUUCAUAAGAAGAAUCAGAGGAGAUGGGAACUGUUUUUAUCGAGCCCUCGGCUAUGGACACCUGGAAUCUCUACUUGGAAACCAAAGAGAGAUGGAGAAGUUCAAAGAAGUUGUGAUACAGAGCAAGGCAGAGCUCUUGUCUGCAGGAUUUGAUGAGGACCUAUUCAGUAGUCUGCUGAGCACUUUUGUCAGUGUGAUUGAGCAGAUGGAGGCAGAAGACCAGGCAUCCAGCCUGCUUUCAAACUUCAAUAAUCCAAUUACCUCUGACAUCAUUGUGCGCUAUCUUCGACUUCUAGCCUCAUCGUAUCUACAGAACCGAGCAGAAUUCUUCCAGCACUUUGUUGAAGCACCUAAUCUGAGAGAUUUCUGUGUUCAGGAUGUGGAGACUAUGGGACUGGAAUGCGAUCAUGUUCAGAUUCUUGCUCUUUCUCAGGCCCUUGGUAUAAAUAUUCAAAUUGAAUGCAUGGAAGGAGCAGAUCUUAACCAUCACAUUAUACCUGACGGAUCAACACCUUCCCUUCACCUAUUGUAUAAAACAGCACACUACGAUAUACUUUACAAUGGUUCAGUUGUAGAGUCGCAAGGAGGAGUUUAUAGGUAACUGAACUAGAUUGAAGUGAUACCUCUAAAUCUGCACAUUCCAAAGUGAACGCUUAGACGUACCUGUGAAAGCACACUUAGAUAUGUGUAUACUGUAGUAUAUGUACCAUAUGUAUGUAUACCGUAGACCAAAAACUGUUCAGUCUCUUUUUAGCGAGUACUACUUUGGAUAUUUGCAAAAAACAUGAGACACAAAUUAUGAACAGUGAUCACAGAUGUCAAUGGAAUAAAUUGCUUAUAUUUUAAGAAAUGGUUUUUCUGUUUUCCCAGUAGUAUUUUAGCCAUUAUUUUUAUGGUGGGUGGUGAUACGGAACAGCUAAAUUUUUAUUGUAGGGAUGUGGUUGUGAAACUGCAAAGUAGUUACCAAGAUCAUAAUGGACUUCUGUGCAAACUCCUUUAGUACAAAAAGGUUGCAACAGAAAGAUACUGUAACCUAUAUGAAUAACAUGGGUAAAUUGCACACUUUGAAAUACAGUUUAGUCUAAUAUAAAAAGCAUCAGAAUUAAAGGUCUUAAAAAACUGCAUGCACCUGACUUGCAUUAAUACAUGAACAACAUGUGGUGAUCUGUUAUACUGAUCCAUAAUGUUUAUGUAAUUAAAGGUUAUGAAAGUAAAACAUCUAACAUGAGCCUCUCCAGUGUUAUUUCUGUGUUAAGUGCUAGGCAGCAUCCUAAUCGU